AUGUUGUACGAUGAUUACAUCAUCGGUGAUGGUUUCACAUCUGACUACUAUAAAGAUUUUAGGUUUUGGGAGGAUUGUAAUGUACCAUUAUUACGAGAUGAGCAAGAUGGUUCGACAAGUUCGUCAAAUGUCAAUGAUGGAUCAAAAGUAUAUUCUGAUAGGCAACAAAGGAAAAUGUUCCGAAGACCAAAGAGUUAUUCAUUUACAAAACAAAAAGGCCAUCGAAAUUAUUCGUCCAUACCUUCCGGUUCGGCGGCUGUUGUCGAACAAGAUGAAGCUUGGGUAAUGAAUCAAAAGGAAUUCAUAUCAAAGUCUGGUAAAAAGGCUAGCAUGAGAAAAAGGAUAGCGUUUCAAUGUGACACUUCGACAAUUGGAAGAAUUUGGGAACUUUCCGAUGCCAUAAUAUCCGCAAUGUUUGUUCUCUUGUAUAUCUGGAAUACGCGAUAUGUCAAGCUUGAUAAAAGCGAAGAAGCAUUUCCCUACAUUCUUCAGACAGCAGACUUUAUUCUCGCUGCCAUUAUAUUUGCCCAAUAUAUUCCACGCAUUUGGUUAGACAAAGAACCUUUAGCUUUUAUUUUUGCAAAUUCCUUUUCAAUUUUAACAUGGGUUUCGGUAUUUCCGGUCAUUGCGGCAUUUUUCUUAACUAUCUUUGAUGAUGUCAUGGAUAAUACUUAUAUGGGUGCUGGAAAUUUGAUUUAUGUAUAUCCUGUUCGUUUUAUAAGACUUCAUUGGGCGGUGCAAAUGGUUUUCGCGCCUGUAAAAAGCUCACUUUUUAAAUGCUCAAAAAUUAUGAGGAAAGGAUUGAGACUUGUCACAACAAUUUUGUUUACUUUUCUCACGCUUACUGCUUUCAUUCACCUGGUUACCUUUAAGCAAUCGAACAGGCAAGAUCCUGAUCAUCCUAAUAUAGAGAGUAUUUCUUUUAGUGACGCGUUUUACUUUACCGUUCUCAGCAGUACAAAUGGAAUGUCAACAGACUUAGUCCCGGAUACCACCUUUACACGUGCUGUUAUCUUAUAUGUCAUGAUUGCAGGAGCUUUAUUCAUCCCAACAGCUUUAUCGGAACUUCUUACCUUGAUACAAGAAAAAUCUAAAUAUGAUCAUUCAUAUAAAGGCGAAAUAUAUAACGAGCAUAUUAUCGUUACUGGAGAUUUUGACGCAACAAGCUUGUUUGAAUUUUUACGAGAAUUCUUUUGUCUAGAUCAUGGUUUAGCUACUAUGAAUACAUAUGUUGUGAUAAUGCAUCCGGAUGAGCCAGAUGAAGAGAUUGUCGAAUUCCUUGAAGAUCCGGCAUUUAUAAGUAGAGUUCAAUAUAUUAAAGGAACACCUACUUGGCGUCGUAGUCUUGAAAAAAUUCGUGCUGAUACUGCAAGUGCAGCUUUCCUUUUAACUAAAAAAUUUUCUGACGAAGCUGAUGAGGUGGAUGCUUCUCAAAUUAUGAGAGCCUUGGCGAUUAAAAAAUACAAUCGGAAAUUAGCUCUAUAUGCUCAAGUUCAUUUACCGGAAAAUGUUCCUCACUUUGAUUUCUUGGCGAAAGAUGUCAUUUGUAUCGAUGAAAUUACGAUGGGAUUAAUGGCUCAAAGCUUAGUCACGCCAGGAUUUGCCUCACUCGUUGUAUUACUUACGACAUCAAUCACUGAUAAAGUUGUUCGUAAUUUAACAAAUGGUGCACGUAAAAAGCCAAAUUUAGAUUGGGUAAAGGAAUACAUUCACGGUUUAAGGCAUGAAAUCUAUGCCGUCACCUUUUCUGAUGCUUUUGUCGGAUACACAUUUUUGGAAUGUUCUGAACUUAUUUAUACACGACUUGGUGCCGUAUUAUUUUCUAUCGGGGUUUAUAAACUGACAAAGGGUUGCUUUACAAACGCUCAACUUGGAAGCAAUACAUCACCAUUCCAAAUAUUCUUGAAUCCACAGGAUUAUAAGAUUAAAGGGAAUGAAAUUGGAUUUGUAAUUAGUGACAAUGCAGAAAUAACGGCUAAAAUGGCAAAAUUUAAUGAACGAUCAAGACAUUGGUAUGACCCAUAUGGAAGUGUAUCAUUUCUCCCGAAAUCUGCACAUAAUAUAUUAGAUAGGGAUAGAAAUCUUUCAUCCAAUGUAGAUGACUCAAAGUUCAAACUAGAUGCUAAUAAGAGUAUAGAAGACGAUGAAUAUUCCACAUCAAAGUCACCAAGAAACAAAAUUCCUAAAUCUUUGCGUCGUACAAAUUCUUUCACACAGGUUGAGGUCGAUGGUGUCGAGAAUGUUGCUGAAGAGCAUGAAACUAGAAUCACUCCACUUAUUCCGCUAUCUAAUUCAAAGUCAAAUGAUGAAAUUUUACGCCAAAAUAUAGAGAGAGUAGCAGCAAUUUGUAUGAAUUCUGAAGGUCCCAUACUUAAAAGUAUCAAAGAUCAUAUUAUUAUUUGCGAUCAAAGUAAAGAGUUCCCGGAAAAUUUAGACAUUUUUAUUUCCGUUUUGCGAGAAAAAAAUUCAUUAUGUCGUAAUACACCAGUGGUUAUUCUAUGUAAUAGUAAGCCUAAUGAAUCAGAUAAACAUACUUUAGAAAAAUACGGCCAAGUUUAUUUUGUUCAAGGAUCACCACUUCGUAGAAAAGAUCUUUAUCGAGCUAGAGUUAUUUACGCAAAAAAAUGUGUUAUUUUGAGUGAUGCAACACGGUGUGAAGAAAAAUUAUAUGGAACUGCAGAUGCUGCGUCGAUUAUGAUUGCAUUAAAUAUCGAAUCUUUGUCUAACGAUUGUUAUGUUCUUGUCGAAUGUUUAUAUCGCGAAACCUUUAAAAUGAUUGGUGAAAGUGAUUCCGUCAAGAACCAGGAAGAAGAAUUUAUCCAAGCACUUAUGCGACCUUCGUUUAUGGCAGGAAAUGUUUUCACGCCAUGUAAUUUGGAUACGAUACUUUGUCAAUGCUUCUACAAUCGCCACAUCCCUGUUAUAAUGAAAUGUCUAAUUUUCAGUCACGAUUCGGAUGACGAUAUGAUGUCACCAAAGAUCGAACGACAACAACAUAAUGAGUGGCGCGACUUAGGAAUUGCUUCGGGACACAUUUUUUAUGCUGAUGUUCCUCCACUUUAUAUAGGUCAGAAAUAUAAUGCUUUAUAUUGUCAUUUAAUCCGAGCCCAUAAAGCAGUCCCAUUAGGACUUUAUCGUACUGUGACUCACAAAGGUCAGUGGAAAAUUCCAGAAGGUGCACAGGCCAAGGCUGAAGCAUUAUAUAGAGUGUUUGGGUUAAAAUAA